UGUAGAUAUCUAGUUUAUAAGCUGAAGAAGUAAUUCUGUACAUUUUAAACAUCCUUAUCUAUUAUAAACAUUGAUAUUCAAAUAUAUUAUUCUGUAUACAGUAAAUUUUAUGACCAAUGAGUAGGAACUAUCGCAGUAUAUUUAAAAUUUUUAUGAUUAUAUAUUUCGCUUUCUUGGUAACAUUUUUUAAUAUACAGUCAUGUAAAGCACGUAAUAUACCUGAGAAAUUUCAAUUAAGAGAUGAUUUAAGUGAAUACAUUUUGAAUGAAGGUGGUAGUAAAUUUCAUCCACGUGAAACAAGAGCUUUUUACUCUCGAGAAGAUUUGGUUGAAUACUUAAAUCAUGUAUUGGAGGAAGAAGAAGCAUCUAUGAACAAAUUGCCAAUUUCUCUUCUACGAUUCGGAUGAUGAUUCCUUGAAGACAAGUAUAGAUUUUGAUCUGUUCAUUUACUAUCCAUGUGAAUGAUAAGCUAGAUCUCAAAUAAAAUGAUUAUUUAUUUGA